AUGGUUAUUUCACUGUAUAAACUGUGGGGUGUUGUCGGUGUAGAUGCUAAAACAUUUGCCGUUGUAUUCUUAAAAAGUCUAGCACCAGUACUGGUUGCAUUUGCCGCUGGUUAUAGUGCAGCUAACGUUCUCAAAUUUUUCUUUGGCCUUGGAUCGAUCAUUGGUGGUGCACUAGAUACGGUUAUUGCAACAGCUUUAACAUUACUUGUAGGUGUCGCUGUUACUGUCUAUCUUUCACAAAGUGUCUACGAUCGUCAUCAAUCAAUGAAUGAAGAAUCAUUAAAAGAAAACAUACUAUCUUUCAUGCAAUCGACUCGUUUCAAAGAAAUGGUGGAUGACGUCAAGAAAUUAGCACAGAAUCCAAAAAACAUUUCUAAAGAUACUGUUAUCGAGCUUUUGAACAAAAGAACAUGA